UGGGAUUGGUCAGUUGACUUAAACAGAGUUCUGCGCAUAAGAAAAUCCCAAAUCCCAAACCGACGCGACGCCAUUGUUCAUCCACCCGUUUGUCUUCCGUUUGUGCGGCCUGUUGCAUCAGAGUCUUUUGGUGUCUUGGUUCCUUUUGUUAAUUUCAGAACGAGAAAAUGGACGGUGGCGUUGGUCGCGACCAAGAAGACAGCAGCUCAACUGAUGCUUUUUCCACAACCAGCGAGGUCAGCUCCGUGUAUAUUGGGGAUCUAAUAACCCCUGAACCGGUACAAGAUUUGAGAAAUAAACGCCGUUUCUACCCUCAAAACCAGGGGCCAUCGCAUACCCACCAUUCGCAUUUCUCUAGUUGUCCGUGCACCCCGAUAUGCCAGGGGACUUCAGCAGGACCCCAUCUAAAAAAGCCUAAGGUGGAACCCGCUGAACCUGAUGAAGGAUUUACCGAUCAAACAGCAUCAGUUCCGGCUCCGAUGCAAUACAAUAGAGUUCAAGUGAAGUCUUUGAACCAACUGAUGCCACAAGCUGCGUCCACCUCAGGAUCGAGGCCCAGUACUUCCUCAACUGCUGGUGGAUCCAACCAGAGGACCGUUGUCGGAGGGCCUCCGAAACUGGUGCCAAUCAGUUAUAGGACUUUGGACCAAAAAAUCACGAUUAUACCAAAUGCGUCUUGUGUUAUUCAAGACAUUGUGUUUCCACCGCCUCCGCCUCCCGUCCCUUCAAGACGUAGAAAUCGAUCCAACAAUGCAACGGCCGAGUCUAGCGUAGGCUCAAGUGUGUCGACAUCUUAUGAAGAUCUCGUGAGGAAGAUCAAGAAGAAUAGCGAGGAGAUCGUUCGUAUGAAGCAGAUCCUAGACGAAAUGGAGCAGCAGCCCAAGCAGAACUUCGACUCGUUUUUGAACAACGUGUUGAAACUUAUGGUUCCGCCAAGUUUGUUCACAAUUAUCAACAUUGCCGCGGAACCGACCUAUCAACUGACCGAUGAGGAUCGCAAAUUUUUGUUUCACUUCCAGACAGAUGCACCGGAAGCUUACAGAAUGCUCAUUGAGAAGUACAAAUGGAACUUGCCCCUUUUGAAGAAGUAGACACACUGGGGUACAGUGUCAUACGGGUUUCAUUUUAGUCAGAAUUAAAUUUUUUGUUUUGUUUUAGAAUUUUUGUUUAAGUUUGAAUAUGUUAUUUUUUUAUAAUCUGCUACUUUAACUUAAUAAAGGUAUUUUACCAGC